AGGUUUCAGGGCAGACAUGCUUCGCUUCCACUUGGUGCAUGUCCCCCCGUCACUUCCUGCUGAAAUCCCGACACUUUUCAUAUCACAAAUGCUCUGGGUUUUUAACUUUCGUUGUGCUGUAGCACGAGCGUUGCCCCUCUAGACGGCAAUAAUGCAGAAUCACUGGGGAAGCAUCGCAGGAAAAGGCAGAAUGAUGCGUGGAUGGGCCUGUAUAAAUCCACCACAAAUGCACUAUUACUGCAUCAAUGACAUGUUCCAAAAUAGAUCUGCCCUCCAUCAAAAACAACCACCCACCAGUCUGGAGGAGCCCUUAUAGAGCAACCCUCUUUUCCCCUUCCACUUGAAUUCCCCCCCCACUUACCUUUUGAAACCAGAGAUCUUGCCCUUUCACUCCUUCUUUGCUUGUAAACUCACAAGCUACAUCCCACACUUCUGACUUUUGGCUGCCCGCGCACCUGCCCACUCAGCCGUUCUUCCUUACUCCUUUUCCAGUUCCUGGCCUGGCUGCCUCUUCCUCGCCAUCCCACAAUAAUCCUGUCCCAAGAAUGAACCUGAUCAUCUGUGAUCCUGUUUAGAACCCAGGAGAUUGAGUCUUCCCUGCUCAAUUUUGCUGGCCCUUAACGCGCUGUUCCCUUAGCCAUCACACACUUAAAGUCUCCCAGGAGAAUUGGAUUACAUACUCCUGUCCUCGCCCAACCGGUUCUAAAUUGUCCUUUUAGUCUCUGGAUUAAGGAUUUAAACAUUGCCUUGUGUAUUUAGCAGCAUUGGGUGGCUUUUUGGGGGGAGGGUGUUUUAUAACGAAUGUGGGUUGCCACAAGGGGGUGCUGUGGGAUAAUUGUGGGCACAGGGGUGCUUAACCUAUAGAGAGCGGGACAAGGUGGGUUGUGGGCAGACUUUCUGCCUUGCCCUCUCCCUCCAGCAGAGGGGAGUGCAUGUGUCUAUUCUUGAUGCAUGGUGUGUUGCUGCCCCCUACAGGCCAAGGUUGGAGCUGUUAGCAACUCCAAUUUGGAAUUGGGCUUCCCAAUUUUGCAUCUGUGAAGGGGGGGAGUGAGCAUGGUGUCCCUCCCCACUGGGGGUGGGUCAUGUUUUGCAAGCACAGUCUCUUCUGUCUCAUGGCUUGUCCAGGAGUCCCACACUCAGAGAUGUCGUUGCCUCUCGAAGAGCCUCCAGAUGGGGGCUGGGCCUGGCUGAUUGCCCUCUCUGGAUUCCUGGCAAAUUCCCUCACUUAUGGCGUCUUGCGGUCUCUGGGCAUCCUCUUUGAAGACUUGGUGGAGGCUUUUGAGGCCAGCGCUGCUCAAGUUUCCUGGGUGACGGCCAUCGCCUUGGCAACAAAGCAGUUUACUAGUCCCAUUGGCACAGCAGCCAGUAUGCGCUUUGGCGCUCGCCCGGUGGUUAUGCUGGGGGGCUUUCUCUCCUCCCUGGGUGUGUUCUGGGCUUCCUUCAGCACCAGCUUAUUCCAGUUAUACCUCACCCUGGGGUUUCUGACAGGUUUUGGCUGGGCUUUAGCCUUUGCCCCCGUGAUGGGCACCCUCUCUCGCUAUUUCUCCUCGCGGCGCUCCCUGGCGAUGGGCCUGGCGCUGAUGGGCAACGGCCUCUCCUCCUUCGUCCUGUCCCCGUUCCUGCGGCUCUUGGCGGAAUCCCUGGCGUGGCGAGGAGCCUUGAUGGUGACUUCGGCUCUGGGCCUCCACCUCUUGAUCUGUGGGGCCCUCCUCCGCCCCCUGGCCUUGCGGGGGGACCGCCCUGCCUCGAAGUCAGUGUUCGAUCUGGGCCUCUUCGCCCAGCGAGGCUUCGGGGCCUUUUCGCUUGGCCUUGCCCUCCUGUCGGCCGGAUACUUCACGCCUUACAUCCACUUGGAGCCUUACGGCAGGUCCUUGGGCCUAGGCCCUUACGAAGCCGCCAUGGUAGUAUCCGUCACUGCGCUCUCGGAUGCCUUGGCCCGCUUGCUGGCUGGCUGCCUCGCUGACCGGCACUUCCUCUCACCUGUCCGUCUUCUGGUCCUCUUCACCUCCCUGACGGCUUGUGGCCUCCUCCUUUUCCCACUCGCUACCUCUUACCUUGAGGCCCUCAUCCUGGCCUUGCUGUACGGCACCAGCGCGGGGAGCUUUGCCACGGUAGCCUUCGGAGUCUUGCCCGAAAUCGUCGGCAUAGCCCGUGUAGUGAACGCCACAGGGCUUUCUCUGAUGGCGAUGAGUGUCGGGGGAUUGUUGGGGCCCCCGCUGUCUGGCCUCCUGAGGGAUCUAACGGGAGAUUUCACUGCCUCAUUCCUGGUCGGCGGGACCUUCGUCCUCUGCGCCAGCGUGGCCUUCAUUGCCCUCCCCUCUUUCUGCACUGGCUGCUGUCCUCGUGAUUCCACCCCCAGGGUGAAAAGGGAUCCUGACACUCUUGACUCAGCUCCCCCUUUGCUGCCCACUCCCUUCCCCAGCAAAUCUUCACAGAUAUGAAAAAAAGAAAAGGGCCUUCCCCUCAGAUCCUUUCAGCUGUGGACUCUUUUUUUUUUUACUGCAGUGGCCCACCAGGUGGCAGUGUUGCAGCAUAUCUUAAAUCAGGGGUGGGGAGCCCUGAAGUCUGCCAAGUGCAGGUGUUCUUGCAACAAU